AUGGACAUUUCUGACGAUGUCUGGUCAAUUCGCACCCUGACUCAUUCGGACCAGGACACAAGGCUAUCAGGCCCUAUACUUACUGUUCCGCUUCUCUAUGAUAAGGACAUAGCAAAGGACUUCUUUUACAUAAUUGUACAUUUCAAGGUUACAACUGGGAAGAUAACUUUCUUCAUCCACAUAGAUGAAGUGAAGAGUCCCGGUAAUAAACUUCACGGCGGGGGAUGUUGUCAGGGUGUGGUCGGUACCCAUUGUACCAAGUUGUGUAAACCUGUACUCACCGUAUGUCUCAAAGACAGAAGUCAUUCCUGUGUGUCAAGUUUUACCACAACAUUAGACAUGAGACGACAAGACGUCUUCUAUGGUUCUAAAGUCGGAAAUACAACCAACCCGCAGUUUUUAGAAAUUGAUUCAUGGGAAAAAUAUUUGGACAAGAUAUCAAUGAGAGUGGUAGAUUUACAACACUCCUCCUCACCACUCAUCUACCAAAUAGAGUUCUCUGACUCCAAUCUACAAAUAGGAAACAAUAUACUGUCACAACACUGGCGACAAAAGAAAUUGACAGCUAAUUAUUUUAGGGAUAAAAAUUCUUUCUUUAUUCAGAUAACGUACAAGGCGUACUGUUCUGAGGGUUACUACGGAUCAGACUGUACAGCUCAUUGUCCUGGUAAUCCACAGAAGUGUGUCGUCAACGGUCAUACCUACUGUAAAAUGGGUUGGCGUGGAAAUAACUGCGAUCAGGACAUCGAUGAGUGUGCUACACGACAGUUUUGUGGACACGGUACCUGUACAAACACAGCUGGUAGUUUCCACUGUAAAUGUCCCUCCUCUGUUUACGGUCUGAAAUGUCAGCUUGAUGAGGAUGAAUGUCUUCUAGAACCGUGUAAUGGAGGAGAGUGUGUCAACAAGAUCGGAAGUUACGUGUGUCAGUGUAGAAACGGAACAACAGGUAAAAACUGUGAUUCGUUGACUGCCCACCAAUGUCACGGUAAUACGUGUAAUAAUCACGGACACUGUCAUGUUAAGCAUGGCAAAGUAGUGUGUAUAUGCAACAAUGGAUAUACCGGUACUGACUGUUCAAUAAAAAACUCGUGUGCUAACAAUCGGUGUCAGAAUGGUGCUACAUGUGUGAUAACUGGAUCUAACUACACGUGCCAUUGUGACAAGGGCUUCAUGGGAGAACUUUGUGAUAAAGUUGAUUAUUGUGCAACGACUCCCUGCCAAAAUUCUGGAUCUUGCACUAAUACCGAUUCUGGAUAUAAUUGCUCAUGCACUGAUCAUUUCUUGGGACAGAACUGUAGCACGUACGAUUAUUGUUUUGGAAAGGCCUGUAGUAAACGAGGACAGUGUCAAAACAGACCAAACAAUUACACGUGUCAGUGUACUGCUCAAUAUCUUGGCAACGACUGUGAGCUGAUUAAUUAUUGUCAUAGUAAACCGUGUCAUAAAGGAAACUGUUCAAAUGCCAACUCUGGUUUUAUUUGUUCUUGCAAUAAAGGGUUUACCGGAACAAACUGUGAUCAAGUUGAUUACUGUAACGGAAAGGACUGUAACGGACAUGGACACUGUCAGAACGGGCAGCAUGGUUACACUUGUAUCUGUAAUCCUGGUUUCCUAGGGAGUAACUGUGAACAUGACUAUUGCUUCAAUAAUACCUGUAAACAUGGUGCUACUUGUCAUAGUGGAAAUUCUACUUAUACAUGUUCGUGUAAACCUGGUUAUAAAGGAACUUUUUGUGAAACACGUGAUUACUGCAACGGACAAAGAUGUAGCGGCCAUGGAACGUGUCAUAAUGGACGAAGUGGAUACGCUUGUUCCUGCCAAUCAGAUUAUCGAGGAAAUGAUUGUGAACUGAAAAAUUACUGCAAUAGUAAUCCAUGCAGACAUGGACGUUGCAGCAACAAAAACACAGGAUAUAAUUGUUCUUGUAAUGGAGGGUAUCAAGGAACGAACUGUGAUGCAAUAGAUUACUGUUUUAAUAAGCACUGUUCUAAUCAUGGUACCUGUCACGUCACAGGAAAUUCUUACACUUGCACUUGUAAUGGUGAAUAUAUUGGAAAAGACUGUCAGACACGGAAUUAUUGCUAUAACCGACAUUGUUCUAACCACGGAAAUUGUCGAAACGGCCGUGAUUCUUACACAUGUCAAUGUAAUGCUGGAUACCUUGGAAAAGAAUGUGAACAAACUUAUUGCUUUCACCACAAUUGUCAGAACGGGGCCUCUUGUGUUAAUGGACACUCUAACUAUACGUGUAAAUGUGCUCCAGGGUAUAUAGGAUCGUACUGUCAUACACGUGAUCACUGUUACCAUCAGAACUGUAGUGGACAUGGAACCUGCAAUAACGGUCAACACAACUACACUUGUAGUUGUAAUCCUGGUUAUUUAGGAAGGGAUUGUCAAAAUGAUUAUUGCUCUAGCAACCCUUGUAAGAAUCGGGGUACCUGUAAAAGCGGAACCUCAAAUUAUUCAUGCUCAUGUCCUGCUGAUUACAUUGGACUGGAUAUAUCGGAACAAACUGUGAUCAAGUUGAUUACUGUAACGGAAAGGACUGUAACGGACAUGGACACUGGAGUAACUGUGAACAUGACUAUUGCUUCAAUAAUACCUGUAAAAAUGGUGCUACUUGUCAUAGUGGAAGUUCUAAAUAUACAUGUUCGUGUAAACCUGGUUAUAAAGGAACUCAUUGCGAAAUACGUGAUCACUGCCACGGACAGAGAUGUAACGGUCAUGGAACAUGUCAUAAUGGACGAAGUGGAUACACUUGUUCCUGCCAACCAGAUUAUCGAGGAAAUGAUUGUGAACUGA